AUGGCAGCAGCUUUCUCAAUGUCCGAAUUAGGUAGUAGAGAUCCGACGAAAAUCCAAACGUUAUCGUCACUCGUCUACAACCAUUUGCCGGUGUCGGAAGGCAAAAGGAAACGUGAUCGCGGAAAAUACCGUUUAGUGAAAUUUGCCACAAGAGGCGAAGAAAAGUGUGCCGGAUCACUUUCAAGUGUCCGGGUUUCGGAAGUUUCGCAUCGUCUGCGGGUGGAAACCACAGAAAAAGGCAGCACACACGUGCAUUCCACGGAUCACGGAAGUACGACGAGGGUGAGACUUUCCAUUCGCCCGGAGGAACGAACCACGCUGAACGGUGGCGAGAGGAACAAAUACGCCGCGAUAAAACAAGUCGUGUACGGCGUCACACCAUGGCGCAACCACUCAAAGAGCACACAUCCGGAGCAAGCACGAACCCCACAGGGGUUCUUUUAUAGACUCGGUUUUUUCAUCGGCCAAGUCGUACCCCGGCAACCUUAUUGGUCAACACGGAGAUCCGGAUCGUGUGUCUUCGGAUCCGCAGCAGGAACGUGUGUGGUAGACUCGACGGAAGGAGGUGCCUCGGAGGGACCCCAUCCAGCUACCCGGUCGCACUGGACGGCUAGAGGGGUCUCCAGCAGAGGCAUUGACGUGGCGGGUCGUAAGCAGAUCGGGAGUGACGUGCGUGGGAUGGCAAUGCGACAGGCGAGUUGUCGCGGCGGUGAGAGGACCGCCAAGAAGCUGCUGUAGGGGGACGCCCCGAGCACAAGUAGGGUACCGUGAGUACCGAGAAGUACUGUAAGUAGAAAACUGUUAGAUUGUAAGAGAUGAGGAAAGAAAAGGGAAAGUAGAGAGAA